GAGUUGCUCAGAUUCCAGGAAUAAAAUCACAUACAAUUUCCACGGAAAAAUAUACAUGAGAAAACAAAGGGGUGUCGUUUUUCUUUACUUCACUUUUUUUUCUUUUUUCUUUUCUUUUUUUUUUUCUGGUUGCUGUCACACUGGCAAGUGAGUCAGAUCCACUUAACGAUUCAUUCUGGUAAAUGUGCAACCCGAACCCCCCCGUGAUUCAUUCACUUUGGUUCGCCCUGACAAGUGCCACAAAAUGCCUCAAGAUUAUAUAAUUUACCUCAAAAACUUGUUUGAAGCUGAAAUUACUCAGUAGUCCGUCUCACUGUUUAUCGUUUCGUUUAGACUGAUAUUUGAUCCACUGAUCAAACAGACGUAACUGCCUGGCAUAGCCUACUUAACUGUAAGCACCUUUUAGUGGCCCACAUUCAAACACACGCAUGCGGUGAGUGUGCACGUAAAAGGGUGGAGCCGGUGCUUUGGAACUUCUUCUUCCUUACCGGAGGGAUCAGACCGUUCCAGGGAAUUACGCAGCAUCAAACCAGCAUCCGACUUGCGUUUUGGCCUCAUUUUGGUUUUAAAGCUUACCAGACGCUCAUUUCCACAUUCUGAUUUAAUUUUUUUGUAUCCUCUAGAAAAACGCGUUUAUUUUAUGUGUAGCCAUGGAACGCACCGCUCUGGCACUGCACCGCUUGCAGCCCUUACCUCGAGCAGCGCGUAAAAGCGAGUGGCUCCGCAGUGCUCUAGCCCACCAUCACUUCCCAGAUCCUGGCGCGGAAAACGAAAUCGUCGUCCUGGCCACGGGAAUAGACCAAUACCUGCAGGAGGUCUUCCACCACCUGGCCUACCCGAACCGGGACGACACUGUAUCUGCGCAGGACUUCACCGCGCUCUGCGCCGUCCUGGGGCUCACCGGAGACAAGAAAGGAAAGAGGACGGUGAAGGGAAACGAAGGAGCAGGGGAAGGCGAAAAGGACUUGGAAGAUGAAGAGUUUAGAGAUGUGUGUUCUGGACUACCCAGUCAGUUGUCUUUCAGAGACUUUCACUCGCGGCUCUGCGGGUAUUUCCGUGUGCGCACUGCGCGUAGAAGCGCCGGGGAGUGCGCGUGGCGCCUGCCCGUUACCGAGGAUACAGAGCUGGUGGAGAGACAGAUCCGGGUCCGGUGGCCGCGGAUGAGGCGGAGAAAGGUUGUGAGUUUUGACCUCACGAGAAACCAGAGUGGACCAGCGAGCCGAUCCAUGAAAGGUCGAACCCCUGAAGGCCGUGAGCCAGAUGAGGUGGAAGCUCUGAGGGAGCUGGUGGAGGACCUCCGCUCAGCGCUGCAGGGGAGUGACGCUCGCUGCCUGGCCCUGGAGGUGGCGCUCCAACGGGAGAGAAGCAGCGCCCUCCCUUAUCCAUCGCACCACAACUCCACCGUUUCAACUCCCACGUCUUCCAUCACCGUCCGACAGGGGAAACUGGUGCCGACGCUCAGGAUUAAAGGGCAGCUGGGCGCCGCCGAUGGAGACGGAGGGAGGAGGGCGGCGAGGAAACGGGACAUUAGAGACCCCCUUCUAAGGGAGCUUAAGAUGAUCCGCACGUCACGUGACGGGCAGCUGGAAGAGGCCAUCAAAUACAACGAGCACCUGGAGGAGGAGUUGCACUGGGCGUACCAGGAGGUGCGCAAGCUGCAGAGGGUGGAGUCUGCGCUGAGGAAGGAGAACGCUCAGAUCAGGAGGCGGGCAGAGGAGGCCAGGGAGGCUCUGAGCUUGGGGCUGCAGAGGGUCCGGCUGAUCCAGGAGCAGGCCCAGUCUGUGCCGCAGCUCCAGUCCAGGAUCACCCAGCUGGAGAGUGAACUGCACCAGUACAGAACCCGCUGCACCUGUGUCCCUGACCCUACAAGUCAGCAAAGUCACCCUGAGGACACCUGUAGCAAAACAGACGCUGAGUGUCUGCAGAGGGCGGUGGAGGGAAGAGCCGCUUCCGAUGAAGAGGAGGAGGACAGGAGAGUAAACGAGGAGGGACAGUGCUGCCUGGCGGAGGUGAAGAGGCGCGACGGCCGACUGCAUGGCUGCAGCAAAGGGUGUCAGAACCACGUGGUCCCUCAUCUUUUCUCCCAGAUUCCUGCGUGUGACAAAAACCUCAUGAGUUCAUCUCAGGACAGCAGGGGGCGCUGCAGCUGCAAGGAGCCGAACCAAGAGCCUCCAAAUGGAAGAAGAAGCUCAGACAAGGAGAAGAGGAAUGAGGAAGAGGAGCACAGGCCGAGGCUGCCGGAGGAAGAAAAGAAACAUCUUUCUCUGUUGGAAGACAAACUCACAGAUUCCCUCACGCUGCUGCUGCAGCUACGAAACAAGAAUGUGUCCCGCAGGGUCUUGGGGAAGAUAGUGAUGGACUCUCUGGACGUGUGCAGUAAGGCUGGAGAGGGUCCACCCCAGAUCUUGCAGAUGGCCGACGCCCUCUGUGUCCACCUGGAGUCCUCCAGCGACCUCCUCAGAGACCGAGGAGAGGACAAAGAGGGAGGAGGAGGAGGGGGAGAGAGUGGUGAAAAGCUCCUGCUGUCAACCUCAGGUCGUCAAACCAGCAGCACCAACCCUCUGCUCAUCUCCUGUUGAACCCCCCCCCCCCCUAGUAUUUAAAGAUUAAUAUAUUUACUAUCAUCUGUCUGUUAGUGUUUCACUUCCUGCCUAUUUAAGCUGAAUUAUUUUUGUAUUGCACCCAAUUGAUCUGUAGUUUUCUUUUAAUUGAAGCCAAUUAAAACAUCAAUUACCGUGAA